AUGGCAAAGCUCAUCCUCAUCAUCUUCCUCUUCGCCGCCUCCGCCUUUGCCGCUGCUAGAAACAGCGAAGACUUCGCAAGAACAAUGAACCGAAAACACCUCGGCCUCCAUAAGAAAGAGAAACUCACCCAUAUCCGUGUCUACUGGCACGACAUCCUAAGCGGCCCGGAACCAAGCUCCGUCGUGAUCCGACCGCCUGUGUCCAACUCUUCCCUUUUUGGGUCAGUAAGCAUAUUCGACAACCAGAUGACCACUGAAGUCUCGGUCAACUCGACUGUAGUGGGCCAGGCGCAAGGUAUGUAUGCUAACGUGGCCCAAAAGGAGGUGGGAGUGUUGAUGGCAAUGAACUUGGCGUUUAAGGUGGGCAAGUACAAGGGAAGCACGAUCACGAUUCUUGGUCUGAACAAGGUGACAACGAAGGUGAGGGAAAUGCCGGUGGUCGGAGGAAGUGGAGUGUUCAGAUUCGCUAGAGGCUAUGUUGAGGCUCGGACCAUGUGGAUCGAUUUCAAGACCUUAAACGCUACCGUUGAAUAUAAUUGUUAUGUAUUGCAUUACUAA